AUGACGUCCAGCGAGGUCUAUCUACUGCCGCUCAACGACGACGGGUCGCCCCAAGUCGGCGGCAACCAGUACAUCUACCUCGCCGCAACCUCCGAGCAGCCCAUUGUCGUGCGCUUUGCCAUUGAGGGCACGUCCAGCAUCUGCCGCCAUGGCAGCCUCUGGGUGAACAUCCCCGAGAAGGGCGCCGAGUUCCGGCGCGACCACUUCCGCGAGUUCAAGCUCGACCCGGACUUCCACCGCACCAUCCACAUCUCCAUCCCCAUCUACCACCCGGGUGCCUUCGCUUUCUACACCACCUAUGCCGCCCUGCCCGACCUGUCCACCGAGCUCGCAGCGCGCGCGUCUUUCGACGAGGAGAAGAAGACCACGCCGCGCUACUACAUCGAUGUCGCGCCCCGCCUGCGCCUCGACGGCCGCCCGCUGCCGCUGGAGGCUCUGUCCGUCUUCUCCAUCAUCAGCAAGUUCAUGGGAAAGUAUCCCAACGACUGGGAGCGCCAUCUGCGCGGCAUCAGCGACCGCGGCUACAACAUGGUCCAUUUCACACCCCUCCAGCAGCGCGGCGAGUCCAAUUCGCCCUACAGCCUCUACGACCAGUUGGCCUGGGACCCCAUUUGCUUCCCGCGGGGCGAGCAGGAUGUCCAGGACAUGGUCCACAGCCUCAAGACGAACCAUUCGCUGCUGAGCUUGACCGACAUCGUCCUCAACCACACCGCCAACAACAGCCCGUGGCUGCUCGACCACCCAGACGCCGGCUACAACCUCAAGACCGCGCCCCACCUCGAGUCCGCCUACCUGCUCGACUCCAAGCUGCUGGAGCUCGGCGACCGCCUCGGCGAGAUGGGCCUGCCCACCGAUCUCCAGAGCACCGACGACCUCGACAAGAUCAUGGACGCCAUCAAGACGGAGUGUAUCGCCGGCAUCCGCCUAUGGGAAUACUACGUGCUCGACGUCGAGAAGGACGCCGCCAAUGCUGCGGACAGCUGGUCCCGCGGCGACAUUACCAUCCCCGACGCGUAUUCGGGCGUCGACGACCUGGCGUUCCUCAAAUCGGCCGACCUCAAGACCCAGACCGAGUUCCUCAAAAAACACGCCUUGCGCGGAAACGACCGCCUGGGCGAGCGUCACCGCCGAGCUAUUGACGGCAAGGUGGGCGCAGCGCUCCUCACAGCCGUCCUCGGCCCGGCGAGUGGCGGUACUGAAAAGGACGCGGCUCACAGCACAUUGGUGUCGAUUGCUGACGCCUUGAACGUGCCGUUCUACGCCGAAUACGACGCCGAAGUCGCCGACAUCCUUCAGCAGCUCUUCAACCGCAUCAAAUACUGCCGUCUUGACGACAACGGUCCAAAAAUGGGCCCCAUUGGCCCCAAGUCGGCACUCAUCGAGACCUACUUUACACGCCUCCCACGUAACGAGCAGACGGCCCACUUUGACAUCGAAGAGCUCGUCCUGGUGAACAACGGAUGGGUGUGGGGCGGUAAUGCGCUCGUCGACAACGCAGGGCCCCAGUCGCGUGUCUACCUCCGCCGCGAAGUCAUCGUGUGGGGCGACUGCGUCAAGCUGCGGUACGGCAGCGGCCCGGCCGACAGCCCGUGGCUAUGGGAACAUAUGACCAAGUACGCACGCACCAUGGCCAAGUACUUUGCCGGCUUCCGCAUCGACAACUGCCACUCUACGCCCAUGCACGUUGCCGAGCACAUUCUCGACGAGGCCCGCCUCGUCAACCCUAACCUCUACGUCGUGGCCGAGCUGUUCUCUGGCUCCGAGGACACCGACUACAUUUUCGUCAAGCGUCUGGGCCUCAGCUCGCUGAUUCGUGAGGCCAUGCAGGCCUGGAGCACGGGCGAGAUGAGCCGGCUCGUGCACAAGCACGGUGGCCGUCCCAUUGGCAGCUUUGAAGUGGACGACAUUACCCGUUCCGAUGUCGCCAAGAAGCAACAGCAGUCGGCACAGCCCAAUGCAGAUGCAAAUGGUCAUACCGGUGAGGCUACGGCUGACGGCAAGGCUGAAGGUGACGAGCUCUGCCGCGAAAUCAUCCGCCGCAUCCGCGUCGUGCCCGUCCAAGCCCUGUUCAUGGACUGCACACAUGACAACGAGGCCCCCGCCCAAAAGCGCGAUGCGCGCGACACGCUGCCCAACGCCGCCCUCGUGAGCAUGUGUGCCAGCGCCACAGGCAGCGUCAUGGGCUACGACGAAAUCUACCCGCGCCUGGUGGACUUGGUCAACGAGACCCGCAUGUACACGUCCGAGUCGUCCAGUCGUGCAGUCAAGGUUGGCAGUGGACGGAAUGGGAUUGGCGGCAUUAAGAAGCUGCUGAACCAGAUCCAUGUGCUGAUGGGCAAGGACGGCUACGCCGAAACCCACAUCCACCACGAAGAGGAAUACGUCACCGUGCAUCGUGUGCACCCAGAGUCGCGCAAGGGCUACUUCCUCAUUGCUCACACGGCCUACCCGGGCUACGGCAACGGCAACGGCGCGUUCAGCCCCGUGCAUCUGACCGGCACCCGCGCAAACCACUUGGGCAGCUGGAUGCUCGAGGUGGACACGAGCGAGGAGGCCACCAAGAACGCUCUCGACGACACCAAGUUUCUGCGCGGCUUGCCUAGCCGUGUGGUCGACCUUCCCGGUAUCAAGAUCGACUACAACAAUGGGGAUACGUCGAUUGCCGUCCCGGACAAGUUCCCGCCCGGCAGCAUUGCACUGUUUGAAACGUGGAUUCCGGCAGCUGAGCACUCGUCGGGCCUCGAUACGUUUGUGACGUCGGGUGCCAAGGCUGCCUUUGGCGAACUGAGCCUGGUCGACCUCAACUUCCUUUUGUACAGGUGCGAGGCCGAAGAGCGCGACGCGAGCGGCGGCAACGACGGCGUGUACGAUCUUCCCGGCUACGGCCGCCUGGUGUAUGCCGGUCUCCAGGGCUGGUACAGCAUCCUGAAGAACGUCGUUCGCGACAACAACCUGGCCCACCCGCUGUGCCAGAACCUGCGCGAUGGCCAGUGGGCGCUCGACUACAUUGCUGGCCGCCUAGAACGCAUUGCCACCAAGGACACACAUAGCAACCUGGGCAAGCCGGCCGCCUGGUUCAAGGAGCGUUUCGACGCCAUCCGCCCCAUCCCGGCCUUUUUGCAUCCCCGGUACUUUGGUCUCAUUAUGAAGACUGCCUACCAGGCUAGCUGGGACCGCGCCAUGGAGCUCAUGAGUGCCAAUGUCCGCGAGGGCCAGUGGUUCGUGCAGAGCCUGGCCAUGGUCAGCAUCCAGCAGACGGGCCUCGUCCAGUCGGGGUCGCUCUACCCCAACCGUCUGGUGCCGUCCCUGGCCGCCGGCCUGCCGCACUUCGCUGUGGAGUGGGCGCGGUGCUGGGGCCGUGACGUGUUCAUUUCCUUGCGCGGUCUCUUCUUGGGUACGGGCCGCUACGCCGAGGCGAAGGAGCAUAUUCUGGCGUUUGCCAGCGUCCUAAAGCACGGCAUGGUGCCGAAUCUGCUGGGCUCGGGCGGCAACCCUCGCUACAAUGCGCGCGACGCGACCUGGUUCUUCUUGCAGUGCAUCCAGGACUACGUCAACCGGGCCCCCGACGGCGACGAGCUUCUGCAGACCAAGGUGAAGCGGCGGUUCCUGCCCAAUGACGACACGUGGUUCGAUGCCAACGACCCGCGUGCCUACUCCAAGGAGAGCACGGUGGAGGAGGUCAUCCAGGAGGCGCUGCAGCGGCACGCGACCGGCAUGUCCUUCCGUGAGGCGAAUGCUGGCCCCGGCCUGGACAUGCAGAUGCGCGACGAAGGGUUCAACAUUGACGUGCACGUCGACUGGAGCAACGGCUUCAUCUUUGGCGGCAACCAGUUCAACUGCGGUACGUGGAUGGACAAGAUGGGCGAGAGCGAGCGCGCCGGGUCCAAGGGCAUCCCGGGCACGCCGCGCGACGGCGCCGCCAUCGAGAUCACGGGCCUGCUGUACAGCACUCUGAAGUGGCUGGCCCAUCGCCACAGCAAGGGCGGCUUUGCGCACGAAGGUGUGACGCGCGCUGACGACUCGUCCAUCUCGUUUGCCGAUUGGGCCGCGCUGAUCCAGGACAACUUUGAGCGCUGCUACUAUGUGCCGCUGCAGCCGGCCGACGACGCGCAGUACGACGUCAACCCCGCCGUGGUCAACCGCCGCGGCAUGUACAAGGAUCUGUACAAGUCGGGCAAGGAGUACGAGGACUACCAGCUGCGGCCCAACUUUGCCAUUGCCAUGACGGUGGCGGCCGACCUGUUCGACGCCGAGCACGCGACGCACGCGCUCUGCCUCGCCGACACGGUGCUGCGCGGGCCCACGGGCAUGGCGACGCUCGACCCGGCCGACCUCAACUACCGGCCCUACUACAUCAACAGCGAGGACAGCACGGACUUUGCGACGAGCAAGGGCCGCAACUACCACCAGGGUCCGGAGUGGCUGUGGCCGACGGGCUUCUUCUUGCGGGCGCUGCUCAAGUUCGGCCUGCGGCGGCGCGCGGCGCAGUCGCCCGACGACGCCGAGGGCCGUACAGAGGCGUUCCAGCAGGUGACGCGGCGGCUGAUGGGCUGCAAGGAGCAGAUCCAGGAGAGCGUGUGGGCAGGGUUGACGGAGCUGACCCAGAAAGACGGCGCCUACUGCCAGGAUUCGUCUCCCACGCAAGCAUGGUCCGCCGGCUGUCUCAUUGACCUGUACAUGGACGCCGAGGAGGAGCAGGCACGGCACAAGACAUCGCACGUGGCGAUCCGGUAG